UUUCCGCUGCUGUCAUUCAUUGUCGGCUUUUCGAUGGAAAGCAAGUUCUUCGUAUUUUUAUAGCGAUUUUCGGCAUUAUACAAGGAAAAGCACAUUGUAGUUGUGGCAGAACAGCGUUUUCCUUUUAAGAGUGUUUUUAGUUUACUAAAAUAGAUCUCCAAAGGGAAAUAAUGCCUUCUGCAGCCAGUGUCAAAAUUGACAAACAAAUUUCCUCAGCCGAAAAUGCACUGACUGAUACUGGAAAUUCUACAGUUACACCGCUUCGACAGGCUAUCACAAUAAUAGAACAUAAAAUAAGGAAUUUGGAAAAAAGAAAGGUCAAAUUAGAAUCAUACAGAGAUUUGCAAAAUGCUGGAAAAGAACUGAACUCUGAUCAAAAGACUGCUCUUGCUAAGAUAGAUGAAGUUGUGCAAACUUUGGAUUUUGCAAGGGAUUUAUAUAAACAGUUCCUAGGUAUUGCUUCGAGUUCUGAGAAAGAAGCAAAAAAACAGGCUAAACGUGAAGCAUCUUUGAAAAAUCAAGCAGAGUUAGCUAGACUCAGAGAAAUUCUUUUAGUACAGGAUGCUCUAAAUCAAAUGGGAAAUGAGAAUGUCCGAGAUGAUUUUCUUAAUGGUAGAAAUGGAGCUGCCCAAUUGACUGAAUGCGAUCUUAAAUUAUUAGAUGACUUGUAUCCUGAGGUAACUCCCAAACAUGAAGCUGGCAAUCCGACAGCUUUUACAAAUGAAGUUCAGGCUGCUGCCGAACAUUUAUUAGCUGUGGUCGAUGGCAAACCAAAAGAAAUAUUUGGUGGAACUUACAGUCAGGUGAAAGAGAUAUUAGGAAAAAUCCACGAAAGUGGAUACUUUGAUCAAACUCAGGUGAAUGAGGCGCUGGUCGAAGAAGGAAGCUCUGAGGUUCCUGCGGAAUGUCUGGUACAGUCUCUGGACCACUCAGAUCCCCUAACAGAAGCAUCCCAAGAUAAUCAGCUAUCAGCUACCAUUGAGAGUAUUACAAUCGAAUCUACCAACCACCCGGCGCUUCACGGCGCGACUCCUGUCAAAUCAGCAACCGAGCCUCCUGUUGCUACUCUUCCCUCACAGCAAGUUGUACCGCCUCAAGUACCGAGGGUAAUAGACACAGUGGGGGUGGCUCUACAGGGACCACCACAGGAAAUAUUUUAUCAGCAACCACCGCAACCGCAACCACCUAGGCCUAUAGCUGAAAUGUUGGGUGGUACUGGAAGUUUUUUCUUUUUGCAGGAAUCUGAAAUCGAUACUCCGGAACAAAUAGCGACUCAAACGUUUACAAAUCAGACGUUCGUCGUGCAGCCCCCGGCCCCCAUCCCUAUGCCGACCCAUUUCCCACCGACCCAGCAAAUUAAUCCCGCUAGUUUACCCCAAGCCGCGCCUACUGGACCCUCGUUAGCGCAGCUCCAAAACAAUCCCCUCGUACCGCCCGGCGAGGACCCCGCUCUCGCUCAACAGCUACAGGUUGCAGACGACUUGGACAAGCAUCCUGCGAACAGGGUGCCGGCACAACAGAACAGAGGGGCGGCGUUGAACAGUGCCCCACAGCAGGGCUAUUAUAACAACGGCUAUAGUAACCGGUCGAAUAGGCCUCCGCAGCAGCAACAGCAUUCGAGAAAUAACGGGGUACCGCAGCACCAGGGCAGGCUGCCGAAUAAUAGGCACUAGUAAUUGGACCGGCUUU